UAAAUUUGGUUAAAGCAGUUAGUCUUUGUUAAACAAUCUUCGGAGUCUUUACAAUUACGUUGUUUGCGCAUAAUAACGUGUGUGAUCACGGGAAAAAAAUAUUUCGACUGUGCGAGAUCAAAGAGAAUUGCAUAUAUUAUCCAUCGCGAACACGAACCGUGUCUUUUUCAGCUGCAUUUCGUAUUUUCUUGUUUUGAGUGCAUUAUUAGGAAAUAAUUUUCGAUCAAGAUGAUGCUAGUUCAGCCAAGCGGUGAUAUGAGCGCAAAGAUUCGCCAGGAAUUACGCGAACCGGAAAGUAUGGACGCUAUCGACAAAGAUGUGUUGGCUAUACGAGAAUGGUUGGCCAGACAACCACAUUUACCGAAGGACAUGGAUGACCAGAGAUUGAAAACGUUUUUACGUGGUUGCAAGUUCAGUAUUGAAAAGGUUAAAAAGAAGCUGGACAUGUACUAUACAAUGAGAAAUGCUGUUCCCGAAUUCUUCGCCAACCGUGACGUGUCAAAGCCGGAAUUAAAGAGUCUUUUCGAUGUUGUACACAUUCCGGUACUUCCUGGCUUGACACCAAAUGGUCGUAGAGUUGCGAUGCUCCGUGGCGUUGACAAAGAAAUAGUCACCCCUAAUGUGGCUGAUAUAAUGAAACUGGUGCUGAUGAUAGGUGAUAUUCGUCUAUUAGAGGAGCAAAAAGGCGUUGCUGGCGACGUAUACAUUUUUGAUGCUAGUGUCGCUACACCCGGACAUUUUGCUAAAUUUACGCCAGCGAUUGUUAAGAAAUUUUUAAUCUGUGUUCAAGAGGCUUACCCAGUUAAACUAAAAGAAGUGCAUAUCAUCAAUGUGUCACCGCUGGUCGACACAAUUAUCAAUUUUGUGCGGCCGUUCUUGAAAGAAAAGAUCCGACAACGUAUCCACUUUCACAGUACCAUCGAUUCACUUUAUAAAUUCGUGCCGAAGGCAAUGCUUCCGAAUGAAUAUGGUGGUGAAGCUGGAAAAGUUAAGGAUAUCAACGACCAAUGGUUUGACAAACUUAAGGAGUACACACCAUGGUUCAAGGAACAAGAAAAAUCGAAAGCAAAUGAAGCACUACGACCAGGUUCACCCAAAACUGCCGAUGACCUGUUUGGUAUGGAUGGCACUUUCCGUAAACUUAGCAUCGACUAAUAAUUUUGAUAAGGAUAACUAUACAGUAUUAAGUUAAACGUUUAAAUAUAGAUUCGAAUAAACAAAAACAUUUAUGCCAAUGAAUCAUCACACACGCACACAGCAAUUGCAUUCCGAAAAUGUUUAGAAUUUUUUAAGGGACAUUUCGUAUAAUACCAAAAGUGUAUUUCAUUUGUACCGUUCAUAUCCACACUCCAUAGAUACUCACACUCUUUGCCGCACAACGUUUUUAUGUACUUUUUUAUGUAAAUAUUUAUGGAAAAUAAAUUU